UAGUAGUUGGUAAUAAUGCUAGAACACGCUUGUAAUACGUUGAAGAAGCAAGUCGAAGGAAGUUCUAUGCUAGCAUAAUAUACUGUUUAGUUGGCAUUUAUUACAAUUUGAUCGGGUAAUCACUUGUUAUUGUUAACAAUAAAAUAUCGAAAAACUAUUUACAUCAAUUGUUGCUUUUUAUAUCGCCAAUUCGACUUAAAAUUGCGUGAAUCAAGUCUUAGGCGAAUAAGAAGAGGAGUUUGGGGAAGCAGCAUGGCUCUUGACAUGAGAUUACCGACAGUGAGGAAAACUGUGUCUGUAUCAACUUCGGUUUUCGAUCGAAAGGAUAUGGUUGUCCCUGGAGACAUAAUCACUUCGGACACAGGUUUUAUGAGGGGGCAUGGCACCUAUGUUGAUGAAGAAAUGCUGACCGCUUCAGUUGCUGGAGAGGUGCAGAGGGUGGACAAACUCAUCUGUGUCAGACCACUGAAGACCAGAUUUAAUGGUGAAGUUGGAGAUGUUGUGGUUGGCAGAAUUACAGAGGUGCAGCAGAAACGCUGGAAGGUGGAAACUAAUUCCAGACUGGACUCUAUCCUGUUGCUCUCAUCAGUAAACUUGCCUGGAGGAGAGCUGAGGAGGAGAUCAGCAGAAGAUGAGCUGACCAUGAGAGAAUAUCUUCAGGAGGGGGAUCUCAUAAGUGCAGAAGUGCAGUCUGUCUUUUCAGAUGGAGCCUUGUCACUUCAUACUCGCAGUUUAAAAUAUGGAAAAUUGGGUCAAGGAGUGCUGGUGCAAAUUUCACCUUCUCUGAUCAAGAGGCAGAAAAGUCACUUCCACAAUCUUCCAUGCGGUGCAUCUAUUAUCCUUGGGAAUAACGGCUUUGUGUGGUUGUAUCCCACAAUGGGACAACAAGAGGAGGAAGCUGGAGGUUUCUACACCAGUCUUGAGCCUGUUAGCCUGUCAGAUCGAGAGGUGAUUUCACGGCUGAGAAACUGCUUACUGGCCUUGGCUGCACACAAAGUCCUUUUGUACGACACCAGUGUUCUCUAUUGCUACGAAUCAUCACUGCAGCAUCAGGUCAAAGACAUCUUAAAACCUGAAGUGAUGGAAGAGAUUGUCAUGUUGACGCAACAGAAGCUGCUGGAACAGGAAGGAUGAAAGACCCAUGCUAAAACCACAUUAAAAAAAAACUAGGGGACCACCGCCCACUUAUGCAAAGAUGGAGUUUGCUAGUUUUAUAUUGUCCCAUCUUUCAAAGUGAGGUGCUCAGAGACCAAGUUCUAUAUGUGAUAUCAAUACAUAUACCCUGAAUGCAAAUAAAAAUGUUUCCAUCUUUGUAAUAGCUCAGCUUGACGUUAGAUAAUGAUGGUUUUGUAUUAAAUAAAAUUUCUGUCAUUUCUGUA